GUGAAGUCAAGGUUUCGUUUUGCCAUGCUGUCACGGGGUCCCAGUUGUUUUCACGCUGAUCCUCCGAAAGGAGGUCAUUGCAUUAAGAAAUGCCUUUAGUUUUCUUGUUUACUGUCGUAAAAAUUGUUUUCAGAACGAGGAAAGCUUAAGACCUCCGUGGUUUAGUGCUUAUCGUUUGGCAAUCUUGCUAUGUACAAAUAUUUGGCGCUAUUUGGCUGUGGAUUAUUGCUCGCGUGCGCGCCAUAUGUUUACGAGGCGUUAAUAGGUCGACUCCGUGGCUUUGUGGAGCAGACCGACGCGAAAACGAUGGCUGAGCAGCUGUUUGAGGACUUUUGGCAAUGGAGGUUGAGCGACAGCCCCGAACUUGCGACGACGGUCGGCGUCCACGAUUACGAUGACAUCCUAGAGUCUUACUCGCUCCAGUCUUUCCAAGAAAGGAAGGACAAGGUAGGUCAAUUCUUGAAGCAAGCCAAAGGACUACUGAAGAGCGUUGAUGAUGAAUGGUGCUCUGCGAGUCUCCACAUUUUCAUUGAUGGCCUAGAAGGUUAUCUUCGUGGCAUUGACACAAUGGGGUACCUUUAUCCCAUCAGCUUCAUUGAGGGCAUCCACGUCGACCUUUCACUGACCAUCGACUACAUGGUGUUUAAGACGGCGGACGAUUAUAGGAAGCUGAUCUCGAGGUACAACAAGCUUCCGAAACAGCUUGAGGAAGUGAUGGAGCUCAUGAGGGAAGGCCUCAAGCAGAAACGUACGCUUCAUGCAGUUUCCUUGAAAGGAGUACUGGAAAGAUUAGCUGCCCUUCAGGUGUCUGCCAAGGAUUCGGAAUUCUUUGAACGUUUUAAAGAAUUCCCUGCGGGUAUUUCAGAGUCCGAGAGGAAGAUGUUAAUGCAAGAUGCAGAGAGGGCAAUUGAACGCUCGGUGCUCCCAGCAUUUGAGAAACUUCGGAAAUUCCUUAAGCAGGAAUAUUGGCUGCACCUCAGGCCAGAGAUAGCAGCCACUUCCUUACCCGGUGGCGAUGCAUACUACCGAGAAUGCUUGCGGUAUCAUCUGGAGUUGCCCCUGACUGCACAAGAAGUUCACGACAUGGGGCUUAAGGAAGUCGAACGGAUAUCUACUGGCAUGAAAGAGGUUAUACAAGCUCUUAACUUGAAGAUGAGUCCCAAGGAGUUUUCGGAGUCUCUUCGCGCCAAUGCAUCUUUUCGUUGCAAGUCCAGUGAAGAAGUGGUAGAAGGUUACAAGCGUAUCUUGAACCAAGACAUUCAACCCAAACUGCUGGAAAUUUUUCCAACAGUUCCAAAGUCAAAACUUCGGGUGCAACUUCAGCCCGCGUCCAAGUCCAGUGGGCCAGUCGCCAUGUACAUUCUGGGAACCCCCGACGGCUCCCGCCCCGGAACCUUCUACGUCAAUGCCAAUGACCUGUCUCGAUCGCCCAGCUUUGUGAUGCCGGCCCUGGCACUCCACGAAGGCAAUCCAGGACAUCAUUUGCAGGGCUCAUAUGCCAUGGAACUGCCCGGCAUGCCGUCGUUUCGGAGCCAAAUCGAGGACCGGCGCUAUAACGACGGACCUGUCCACUUCCCUAUUCACACUGCGUACGUGGAGGGCUGGGGGUUGUACAGCGAGUUCCUCGGAUACGAACUAGGUGUCUACAAAACCCUCUAUGACAGGUUUGGUCACCUGUCCCAGGAGAUGUUGCGUGCCUGCCGGUUAGUUGUAGACACUGGAAUGCAUGCCCUUGGGUGGUCAAGGGAAAAGGCCAUCAACUACUUGCUGGAACAUACCUCGUCCAGUCAAGGAGAAAUCGAGAGCGAGAUUGACCGGUACAUUACCUGGCCUGGACAGGCCUGUGCCUACAAAGUGGGAGAGCUUAAGAUAAGGCAACUACGAGAGAAAGCCAAGCAGGACCUAGGCUCCAAAUAUGACGACAGAAAGUUUCACAAGGUCAUCCUGGAUAAUCCGGGUCCCCUAACCUUUCUUGAGAAGAAGGUUGAUGAAUACAUUAGAGAGACAGGGAAACUGUGAUUUGGGGAAUGGGCUGGAAAUUGUAUGGCAUGGAACUGCAUUUUUAACAAUCGUCAUGGGUUGUUUCCGCCAGUUAAUCUCCAGCUCUUUUGGAGCAGUACUUCACAAAUUAUGUUGCAUCAAAGUCGAGGUAAAGUAACUGGGCAAGUCUUUUUGGGGUGGUAGUUUCUUUU